AUAUACAGUUGUCAUUUUUUCUGUGCCAGGUGAACACCGGUAACGGAAUUGUUUAAAUGAGUUCUUAUAGCCUACUGCGUACAUAGAAACUGGGUUUCUUACACUGAUUUUACGAUUCAGACGAAGCUAUUGGAGCUGGUCGUUUACACACAAAAGCGUUGCUGGAACACCCCCGAACGUCCUGACUAUACUGUCGUAAUGGGACAGCUUGGUUUACAGUGAAAAAUUCAAGGCCGGUUCGAGCUUGAGCGGCUAGAUCGACUCGCAUACGAGCCGCCGUUUUUAGGUGAACGAGUGUUGCGAGGCUGGCGGAGGUGCGCAAAUGCCCUGUGUGUUCAGUGGUCGGUUUUGGGUGAGGUCUGCCGAAAAUUGAACACGGAGGAAGCGAGAGGACGAAAGCAGCGCAGAAGUAGGCGAACCCCCAGUUCCUGCGUUGUAUGCUUAAAUCUGUAUCUUCAUGGGAAAAGUGUGGAAACAACAAAUGUACCAGUACUCUUACUACUACCCACAGUACCUGCGACCUACGCAGCCUGUUGCUCCCUCCUCGCACCCCAUGGCCCCGCCCAGUCCCAGCACCAACAGCAGCACCAACAACAGCAGCAGCAGCAGCAGCAGCACCGCCGGCUGGGAGCAGCUCAGCAAGACCAACCUGUACAUCCGGGGCCUGCCCCCGGCCACCACCGACCACGACCUGGUCAAGCUCUGUCAGCCGUACGGCAAAAUUGUAUCGACAAAAGCUAUUCUGGAUAAGACAACAAACAAAUGCAAAGGUUAUGGCUUUGUGGACUUCGACAGCCCGGCGGCCGCGCAGAAAGCAGUCACAGCUCUGAAGACCAGCGGGGUACAAGCCCAGAUGGCUAAGCAACAGGAGCAGGACCCUACGAACCUGUACAUCUCCAACCUGCCCCUGUCUAUGGACGAGCAGGAGCUGGAGAACAUGCUGAAGCCGUUCGGCCAGGUGGUGUCCACCAGGAUCCUGCGGGACGCCAACGGGGCCAGCAGGGGUGUGGGUUUCGCCAGGAUGGAAUCAACAGAGAAGUGUGAUGCAGUGAUCUCUCACUUCAAUGGGAAGUUUAUUAAGACACCACCCGGAGUUCAGGCUCCCACAGAGCCCCUGCUGUGCAAGUUCGCCGAUGGCGGGCAGAAGAAGCGGCAGAACCAGAGCAAAUACAUGCCGAACGGGCGGGCGUGGUCGCGGGACGGCGAGGUGAGACUCGCUGGGAUGACCCUCACGUAUGACCCCACCACAGCAGCUAUGCAAAACGGAUUUUACCCCUCACCAUACAGUAUUGCGAACCGGAUGAUCGCUCAGACCUCCAUGUCUCCAUACAUCUCGCCUGUUUCCACGUAUCAGGUACAGAAUCCCUCCUGGAUGACACACCAGCCAUACAUCAUGCAGCACCCGGGAGCAGUGCUGUCGCCCUCUAUGGACCACACCAUGUCACUGCAGCCCGCAUCCAUGAUGAACCCCCUGACGCAGCAAAUGAGUCACCUCUCCCUGGGCAGCACAGGAGCGUUCAUGCCCGCUAACACUGCUAUGCAAGGAGCCUAUAUUCCCCAGUACGCUCACAUGCAGACCGCAGCCGUUCAAGUGGAGGAGAGCAGUGGGCAGCAGCCGGUGGAAUCAUCUAACGAUCAUUCUACAUACACUUACCAACCAACCAAGUAACAAAGAGGUGCGUGAGUCCGGGUGAAAGGAGUGAUGUGACAGCAGAAACAAUCAUGGCUUCCUCUGAUGGAUUGCGCUUUACAGAUUUAUCAACAUUUUGCACAGGUUCUACAACAAUUUCCUUUUGUUUAUAAUAAAAAAAAAUCAACUGAAGGUAUUUUGGUGUAAGUUCCAUGAGGUGCAGACGGAAAAGCUUAAAUGUCAUCAAAAGAUGAUAACCCUCUAAGAAAGAAAAAAAAUAUUUUAAUAAAGAACAUUUUAUUUUUUACCAAGGAUUGUCACAUGGACACAUGAACUCUGAGUGACAUGAUGCUUAAGGUGCAUGAUCGUAAAGAUGUCUUUUGUUCAUAUUUUUAAUGAUUUUAAUGCUUUUUUUGUUUUGUACUGAAAUUGUUUUUUUUCUGAAAUUUAUUAGCCAGGCAUCUUGAAAAUGAUGUUUUGUGCUUGCUGUGUGAGUGUUGCUAUGGUGAAGUGUUACAGUGUUUUGUCUUUUUGGUCUAGGUUGAUCUGUCUGUCUUUAUCAUACAGUUUGCCUUAAAUUUGUUCUUACAGUAGCUGUAUUGGCAACUUCUGAGACUAGAUGGAAAUGUUGCAAACAAAUGCCUUGUAAAUCAGCUAGAUAGGGCUUUUAGGAUAUAGCUAAUUACAUUCGCUGUGUUUAGGUGUUUGAUUCCUUCCCUCUGAUCUCUGAUGAAUUCUAAUCAUAGUAGGACUUUAGAAUAGACGACAUGUUUUGAGUGCAACAGAUUUCUGAAUCUGAUCAGUUUUAAUAGGAUGUAAUGUUUGAUUAAUCAGAGGGCCUCAGACGCCUCUGGUUGUUUGAAUGUGGUAGAAAUUCUGCUGAAUGAUCACACUUUAAAUCUUUGCCUUUUUUAAAAAAAAUUUUGAUGUAGUUUUAGCUGGAGAAAAACUUA